CCGGGGUCUAUACCCCACCCAGGAGUCUCUACAAUAUCCAGGAACGACAUGCCUUCUGUGCUGGCUUUUUUCUGUGUAUCUGGUAGAGAGUAAACAUGGAAGCAAUGAGUGCUGCCUAUCUGCCAUCAUGGUGAAAUACAGUUUUUCUUCUGAGGACUGACUUAACUAGAUCUCCAAUAUGUGGGCAAGGCUGACUUCCCAAUUUACCAAGAAUAUAGAAGAGUCAAGACAAUCCAAGGGUCAAAGGCUAAGCUGCACUCAAGACUCUUGCCCUCCUAAGCCCCCAUCAAACCAAAAGGCUCAAGCUGUCCAGAUUCAGCUGCGGCAUGACGAUAUUUUCCAUGACAUCCCCACCUACUAUCUCCAGCCCUAUAUGCUAAGUUAUUACCCCAAAACUCAGCCUUUUAGUAAUGUGCUAGUAGAUGAGAUGGAUAUGAUGUUGACCAAAGCAGCCAUGGUUAUCCAGUCAGCCUGGCGAUGCCACCAUCUUCGACAGAAGCUGUCCAUGGAGUCAGAGGCAAGCAAGGCAGCAGAGGCCAUUCAGAGUGCCUGGCAUCAGCUUGGUGUCCACCAGAGUCUACAAUCUGCUUGGGAGCCAGGCUGCACGGCACAGGAGCAGAUCCAGGUUUUCAAAGGGUCUUGUUCACAGAAUACGAUAACUUCUGAGACAGUGACUGAGACUAGUAAAGACCAGAAGCAGCUUUGGAGACCACUGGUACAUUUCCAUCAGCAGAAAGUAAGGACCUCUACCCCUGAGCAAAGUACCGUGGACAGACAGACACAAGUCUCCUCCCAGAAGCAACUUUCCCAGUCAUAUCUAGAGACGCAGUCUCAGGAUCAGCUAGGGGCUAAAUCUGAGACCACUAAAUCUCAAAUACAUUUCGAUGAUAGAGAGAUCAAGGUCCCAUCCCAAACAUAUCCUGCUGAUACAGUGGUCAAGACCUCUUCUCAGAUAUAUCCUAUACCUGGAGAGGCCAAGGCCUUGUUCCAGGCACAACCCACAGCCAGAUUGCCACAGGAACACAGAGCUAGAAUGACCAAGGUCCCAACUCAGGCAAAUCUGGUAGCUGAAGUAGCCAACACCACAUCCCAGACACAGUUCUUAACUGAUGCGACCAAGGUCCUAUCCCAUGCAAAUCUGGCAGCUAAAGGGACCACAGCCCCACCCCAGGCACAUUCCACAGCUGGAGUGACCAAGGAACAUCCCGCCACUGGAACAGCCAAGGCCUCGUUGCAGCUGGAUGUGGUGGCCGUGGCAAACAAGGCCCCACACCAGGCACAACCCACGGCUGGAACAGCCAAGACCUCACCUCAACCACAUGUGGUGGCCAUGGCAAGCAAGACCCCACAGCAGGCACAGCCCACGGCUGGAACAGCCAAGACCUCACCUCAACCACAAGUGGCGGUCGUGGCAAGCAAGGCCCCGCACCAGACACAACCCACGGCUGGAACAGCCAAGACCUCACUACAACCACAAGUGGCGGUCGUGGCAAGCAAGGCCCCGCACCAGACACAACCCACGGCUGAAACAGCCAAGACCUCACUACAACCACAAGUGGCAGCCGAAACGAACAAGGCCCCACACCAGGUACAACCCAUGGCUGGAACAGCCAAGACCUCACUACAACCACAAGUGGCGGUCGUGGCAAGCAAGGCCCCGCACCAGACACAACCCACGGCUGAAACAGCCAAGACCUCACUACAACCACAAGUGGCAGCCGAAACGAACAAGGCCCCACACCAGGUACAACCCACGGCUGGAACAGCCAAGACCUCACCUCAACCACAUGUGGUGGCCAUGGCAAGCAAGACCCGACACCAGGCACAACCCACGGCUGGAACAGCUAAGGCCUCGUCACAGCCACAAGUGGUGGCCAUGGCGAACAAGGCCCCACACCAGGCAGAAAGAAUAGCCACAGCCUUGUCACAGCCACAUGUGGCAGCCACGGUGCAUAAAGCCCCACACCAGGCACAACCCAUGACUGGAACAGCCAAGGCCUCAUCCCAGUCAUAUCUGGCAACUGUGGUGAACAAGAUCCUACAUCAGGCACAACCCACAGCUGGAGUGACCAAAGUCUCACACAAGGAAAAUCUGGCAAGAAGAGUGGCCAAGGCCCCAACCCAAGAACACCCCAUAGCUAGAGCAGACAAAACCUCAUCCCAGUUACAUCUGGCAGCUGGAGGGACCAAGUCCCCCCCCCAGGCACACUCCACAGCUGGAACAGCCAAAGCCUCACAUGAGGAACAUCUGUUGUCUGGAACCAACAAGGCUCCAUUCCAGUCACAUCUAAUGGCUGAGAUGACCAAGGCUCCUUCUCAGGUAUAUUCCACAUCUAGGGUGAGUAAAUCCUCUUCUCAGAUACAUUCCACAGCUGAAGUGGCCAAGACACCAUCCUCAGCAUCACCCACAGUUAGAGUGAAUGAGUCCUCUUCCCAGACACAUUCCACAGCUAGAGUGACCAAGAUACCAUCUUGGGCACAUCUGGAGGUCAAGGCAACCCAAGUCCCAUCCCAUGAGUACUUGGAGGCUAAGGCAACCCAAGUCCCAUCUCAGAGUGAUCUGAAGAUGAAGAUAAUCCAGGGUCCACCUCAGUCAUAUCUGGAGACUCAAACCUCAUUGCAAGUCCAACAAGGGACCACAGGGACAAAGACAUCAUUGCAGGCACAGACAGGGCCACUUAUAUCCAAUUUUAUGUCCUGGAGAGACAUGGAUAUGACCAAAGCUCAAGCUCUCCAAGACCAGGGAGGGAUAAUGGCAGCUCCAGAGAUGGCAAAUGAAGAGAAUAGGGUGGGAAAGACUAAGCCCCUUCAGGAACAGCUGGGCACUGCGCUUUCCAAGGCUUUCUGUCAGGGAGAGGUGAGGGCAGCUUUAACAAGUGCUUUGUCCCAAGAAGUGCUGGGCUCUGGCACAGCCAGGAACUUACCUCAGGGGAUGCUGGGGCCAAUGUUGAUUAAGGCCCUGUCUCGUGGAGCUCUAGGGACAAACGUUUGGAGAGCCCUGUUCCCAGGGGAGCUGCUGGCAGAGGUAGCCAAAGCCAUGUCCCAAGGGAGGCUGGGGGAAGCCCUGGACAAGGCUCUGACCAAAGACGAAAGGUCUGCACUCAACCGGGCCCUCUCUCAGGGGGACCUGAGGACUGUCCUCAGCCAGAUUUUAUCCCAGGGUGUGUUGGCAACUAUGGCAAGACCUUUGGAUGUGGGAACAGCUUCAAGCCCACCCCUAAAGGAAGCAGGAGGUGGGGUCACACAAGCCAUAAGUCAGGUAGACGUGAGAAAGGCAAAGAGUACCAUCUUCUCAGCAGACCCCAGCCCAUCAAAAGUUGUCAUCUCAAGGGAGAAUAGUUGGCAGAAAAUCCCCCACGAAGAGACAUUGCUACCUGUGGAGACCAAAGUUAUCAGGGGGAUGGCCCCCAGCCUUCAUCAGGAUUCUGAGGCCAAUGCAGGAACUGGACCAAGUCUCCACCAAGUAUUCAUGUGUAACGGACUGGGCUCAGUUCUGCCCUGGGAGCCCAUGGCCACUGGAAUGACCCCAAAUCUGCCUCAGGGGACUGUGGCCAGUGGGCUUGUCCAAAGUCUGUUGCAGGGCCCUGUGGGUUAUGAGGCAGUCUCUACUCUGGACAAGCCGCCUGUGGCCAGUGCGGAGAUACCAAAUUUGUCUCAGGAAAAUGGGACCAAUGGAGUCAAGCUAGGCCUACACCAGACAUCUGUGGUCGAUGAGGUGACCCCAAGAUUACAACAACCAUCCAUGACCAGCAGGAUAACGCCAGAUUUACACCAGGAACCCAUGGCCAGUGGGGUAAUUCUAAGUUUGCAUCAGCUGCCUGUGGUCAGGGAGGUGACUCCAAGUUUGCAUCAGCCAUCUGAAGUCAAAGGAGUAGCUCAAAGCUUAUGCCCGGUCUCAGGAGGCAGCAGAGUGGUACCAAGUAUAUUUCAGGAUCCUACAGACAAUGGGACAGACCCAAGUUUAUACCAGGCAUCUGUGGCCAGUGAGAUCUCAACUAUAUAUCAAGGCCCUGAGGCCAGGGGGUUGGGCCGGAGUAACUUCCAGAGAUCUGUAGAAAACCAGGUAAUUCCAAGUCUAAAUCAGGCCCUGGUAGCUAGUGGAGUUCCCUCAAAUCUCUCCAAGGUAUCUAUAAUCACGGGGGUACCCUCAAGUCUCUAUAACGGAUCUAUGACCACUGCUAUACCUCCAAAUAUGUACCAGAUGUCUGGGGUCAGUGGGGUGGCCCCAAGUCUAUCCCAGCAGUCUUCGGUCAGUGGCAUGGUGCCAAGGCUACACCAGACAUCUGUGGCUCAUGGGGUGACCCCAAUUUUACAACAAGGAUCUGUGGUUAGUGGACUGGUUCCAGGUCUACAUCCAGCCUCCAUAAGCAGUGGCACGUCCCCAGACCUAAACCAGGCAUCCACAAUCAGUGAGAUGGCCGCCAAUACUUUAGGCCAGCGUGCAUCCCGGUCACCUAUGGGAAUUGGGAUUCUGAGUUCACAUCAAAACUUAACUUCUGAUAGAUUAACCAGAAGUCUGCCCUGGAGCUCCACGACCAAUAAGGUAAAUUCAAAGCUAGUCAGUGGGGUAGCCCACAAUCUAUAUCAGGGAUCCAUGAAUUCCAGGAUGGAUUCAGGCAUACCCUGGGAUUCAGUGGUCAUCAAAAUGCCCCCAAAUAUGUAUCAGAAGUCUAUGACUACUGAGAGUACCCCAAGUAAUCACAGGAGGUCUCUAACCAAUCUACACAAGGAAUUCAUGGCUAGAAGUGUGACACUAAGUCUACCUGCGGGCUCUUCAAUCUGUGGUGAGGGGCAAAAUGAUGCCCAGGAAGUUAGAGCUGGUUGGGGAGACCCAAGUUUGUACCAGAGCUCUGUGGCCACAAAGGUAGAACCUCAUGCAGCCCAGAAGUUCAUGAGCUACAAAGUGGGCCCGAAUCUGUCCCAGGAGGUAACUCCAAGUUCACUUAGGAUACCAGUGGUUAGGGAGGGGACUGCAAAUCAGGGAUCUGGAGUCAGUGUGCCAACUCCAAAUGUGCACUGGCAAUCUGAAGUCGAUGAGGUGAUAUCCAAGGUAUCCUUGGGACCUGGGAUCAAUGAACUAGUUCCAAACGGACAUAGGGCAGCUAGAGCCAUUGAAAUGGGCCCAAAUAUGCACCAAGGACCCAAAUUCAAUGAGGUAGCCCUAAAUGUGCCCUGGGGAUCUGUGGUCAGCAAGGUAGCCCCCACCAUUCGACAAGGAUCUGUAGUCAGUGAGGGGAUCUCAAGUGUGCCUCAGGUAACUGUAGUCAAUGUGCAUAAGGAAUCUACGGUCAGCAGAGUGCUUCAGGUAUCUAGGGUCAGGGGGGUAGCCCCAAGUUUGCCUCAGGAAUCUAUGGUCAGUGAAGGCAUUCCAAAUGUGAGUCAAAGAUAUAUAACUGGUGGAGUGGCCCCAGCUGUGUGUCAAAGACCUAUGCCCAAACCAGUGUCCACACAAGCGCAUUGGAAAUUAGCAUCUAGACAGUUGGUUCCAAAUCUGUUCCAGAAAUUUGUUUCCAAUGGGGAAGACCUCGGAAUGAAUCAGGGAUCUGUGGGUAGUGGGGUGGUCCCCAAAUCAAAUGUGAGAUCUAUGACCUAUGAGAUAGCCCCAAAUGUUCAUCAGGAAUCUGUGCCAACUGGGCCAGUCCAAACUGUGAGUUCGGGUUCUAUGACCAAUAGGGUAGUUCCAAGUGUAAGUUUGGGGCCUAUGACUAGUAAGUCAACCCCAAGUGCAGGUCAACAAUCUACGGCCAGUGAAGUCAUCUUAAGAGGACAUCAGGGAUCUAUGACCCUCGCAGUGGCCCCAAAUGUGAACUUGGGACUAGAGGACAAUAAGAUAGCCUCAAGCAUAUAUCAAGAACCCAUGGCCAGUGAGGUGGUCCCAAAUGCACAUCAGGGAUCCUUGAGCACUGGGCUGGCCCCAGCUAUAAGACAGAGAUCUGUGACCAGGGGCGUAGCCCCUAGUAUACACCAGGGACCUGCAGGUGGUGGGAUAGCCCCAAUCAUACAUCAUGGACCCAUGGCCAGUAGAGCAGUCCCAGGUGUGAGUCAGGGACACAUAGCCAGCGGGGGAAUCUCAAGGCUGCAUCAGGGAUCCAUGGCCAGUGGGGUAACAAGAGUAACCCCAAGUCAAGAAUCCGUAGCCAGCGGGGUAACACCAAGUAUCUACCAGAGGUUCCCAGAGAGUGGGGUGCCCCAGGGGCUCAUGGCUAGUGGAAUGCCCCCAAGGAUGUGUCAGGGAUCUCCUGCCGGUAGACUGGCCCUGAUUCAGGAGAGCUCCAGCAUCAGCUAUGUAACCAAACAGGUGACCUCGCAAUGCACACCUAGCACGGGAGCAACAAGCGUGCAACGGGCGUCUAUGGCCGGCGGAGUGGUGCCAAUUGUUAAUCAGAGAUCUGGUGCCAGUGGGGUCGUCCCAAAUGGCCUCUGGGGACUCAUGACCCAAAAGGUAAAUCCGGGUACCGUGCGGCAGGAGUCUGGGGGUAGGGAAGCAAAAACGAGCUCAGGUCUGGAGCAAGAAGUCCCUCGUCUCCCUCGGAAAGGCGGUAGCUGGCAACCAGAAAUAUCGGAAGCUGCCAGACAAUGUGCAGCCUCCGUGAUCCAAGGCGCCUUCAGGGGCCACAAAGUCCGUCGCAAUCUGAAAGUACAGCACCAAGCAGCCUCCAUCAUCAAGGCGGCAUGGAGGGGCUUCCAGGUUCGGAAGUCUCUGGCCAGCCAAACGAAAGCAGCUACCAGGAUCCAAGCGAUCUGGAGAAGCUUCCGCACGCGUCAGAAGCUGAUGAAUCAGAGGUUCCCAGUGGACCCACUGCCUGAGCCGGGAAGCCCGGACAAGCAGAUCCCACCCCACCGCUGCUUCCAGUCCUGCCAACCAGAGCCCUGCGUCCUCUGUCAGAGCCUAUGGAGGAAAGUCGAAAACGGCCCUGCCUGCCUGGGACUGCUCACGCAGCCCAGCACGAGGACCUGUCAUCUCUGUCAGCGCACAUUCCAAACCAGGCUGUUCUUUGGCCUGGGCCAGGGCCUGGGCAACGAGGGCCUGCCUGGACGGAAGGUGAGCUCUUCGUCCACCCGGCAAUCUCGGCAGCCGCUCAGUCUACACAAGGCAGCUGUGUUGAUCCAGGCCCUCUGGAGGGGCCAUCAGACUCGGCAAGCCCUGAACAAGCAACAGGCAGCGACCAUGCGACUCCAGGCUUUCUGGAGGGGCUACAUGACCCGCAAAAAUCUCACUGAGAAAGUAAUGCUCUUGGGCCCUCCCUUGGCCCCAGGCUAGAGAGCCAAGCCACCGCGACCCUGCAGAUUGGGGGUGGACUGGGGGUGAGGUGACUCUGGAGGAUGAGUCUUUCUUGGGAUGACCUAAUAAAGCCUUC